AUGAAGUUGAGGAACAGAAACAGUAUUUUACAUCUUACACAGGCUCCUCAACAGCCCACCACUAUCUUGCAGCAGCUCCCAGCGACCAUGGUGCCUCCAGGCUCUGCUCCUUCUAUUAAACCUGGUGGUCAUGUCAAGGAGGACCUUGUAGAGCUGAUGAUGAUCCAGAAUGCCCAGAUGCACCAGGUUAUCAUGAAUAACAUGACCAUGUCGGCAAAGUCAAAAAUAAAGCUGAGCUGUUUUUCUUCUUGUCUACGUCUGGCUCCCAGAGAUCUGGUUAUAAUUCAAGAGAACAAGGCUGACCCAGAGAUGUGCCACCACUUUUACCAGUCUACGCCUUGCAUGUCCUACCCUGCAUGGUUCCGGCCUCAGGCCACACUGGUCAACCAAGACCCCAUCAAACCCCCCUCCUCUCCUCCACACAGAGACAGAACACCUGCAUGUCUAUUACAUUUCAUGUGGCCUGCUCCUCCUGGGACUGUAGGAGCCGACGUUACGCCUGCAGCAGAGAACAGCAGUGCUGCGGAGGCAGAAGCAGAGAAAAAGAUUACUAUUCACAAUCCAAUUAUGCUUUUUGUAUGGGUUGUAUGGGGAGCAGCAAUGGAUGUUAAGUGGGAUGGCAAAUAG